GAUGCAGAAAGCGUGCUCAGCCGUUAUGUGGUUACUAGACUAAGCUGCCAACAUGGGUCGUAAUAAAAAAAAAAAUCUUGCGUGGUAAUUGUAAAAAAAAAGAAAGAAGAAAAGUCCGUAUACAUAAUUUCACGUGAAAAAAAAAAGUUUAACUGAUAGAACGAACUAUUCUUGGUGUAGCAUUGCAGAAAGGGGGAUUGUUUGGCCAGAAUCUGGCAACCUCAUAGCUCAUCCCGACAACAACUAUAAACAAGCGGAGCACCCUCUCCGGUUAGCUGACACAAAGCUAACCAACUUUCCUUUAAGCCCUGCGCACCUGGAUCAACCAGUCCAUUUGAGGGAGUCCCCUUUAAUCAAAACAAUGACGGUGACCUGACCAAUGGACCAAGCCAGUGUCUGCUCAACCACAGGGUCACGUCUGGGGAUAGAUCAUGAAUGACAAACUAGUCUUCUUGGGCCUGCUGUACUUUGUCCAGGGCAUUCCCUAUGGUCUCCAGUCAUCGUUGCUUCCUGUAUACCUGCGAGGAGCUGGGCACUCCCUCACCCGCAUUGGUUUUACCAAGAUCCUUUACUUCCCCUGGGUACUCAAAGUCCUCUGGGCGCCUUUGGUGGAUCGAGUUGGUACUAAGCGUCGCUGGCUGGUGGGGACAGUCUCCGGCCUGGCUCUAACAUGCCUCUCCAGUGCUGCCCUGGCCCCAGAGGCACAUAUUUGGGGUGUAGCUGGGACCCUGCUGGCAAUGAACACCUUGGCCUCUGUUCAGGACAUUGCUGUAGAUGGAGCUGCAGUGGGGUUGUUAAAAGGACGUGGGGAGCUGGGCCUGGGGAACACAGCACAAGUCGUAGGAUAUAAAGCUGGGUCGGUGUUUGCCGGAGGUGGGCUGCUAGCUGUGAUUGACGUUGCUGGAUGGAGCUGGAUGUUUAUGCUGCUGACAUUUGUGUAUGCAGGCGUAGCUCUGUUUGUGUGGGGGGCCCCUGUGUUGGAUGAAGAGACUGUGAGGGGCCAACAGGCAGACGGCAGCAAAAAGGGAGGGCAGGGAGCAGAUGCUGUACGGCCAUGGAGGGUGUGGAGGAAGCUGCUGGCAGUGCCUGGCACACCUUGGACAGUUCUCUAUGUGCUCACAUACAAACUGGGUGAGCAGGGUGCGGUAACCAUGUUUCCUCUGUUCCUGUUGGAUCAUCACAUGACUGCCAGGGAGCUCGGCUUCUGGAAUGGUGUCAUCGCCAUGGGCUUCUCCAUCUGCGGAUCGUCCCUGGGAGGCCUGCUGCUCGCUCAGUUUAGCAUCGGGGCCCUGAUGCGGCGCGUGUUUGUGUUGCGAACAAUCAGCAUGGUCUUCCAGAGUUCUCUGCUCACUGUCCUCGAACCAUCGCCGCUCAUGAAAGGUAUGGCAGUCCUGAGCAUGAGUGUUCAACACUUCCUGGGUGGUCUCAUCACCACGCUCACCUUCACUACCAUGAUGCAUUGCACUCAGAGGGCCGAGGAAAGCAUUCAGGCGACCCACUACAGUUUCUUGGCUACUCUCGAGGUGCUGGGGAAGCUGAUGUUCAGCGCUCUGGCCGGAGGCUUGGUGGAUUGGUUUGGUUUCCAAGUUGCCUUCCUCUUCUUCCUCACCCUCUCUGCCGGAACGGCCCUGCACGUGUGGACAGCUACCUUCACCGGUGCUCUUAGGGAACACCAGCAGCCCAAAUGAGAUCAGGGUGAAACAUCCUGGCUUAGGUGCUGAAACAGUGGUGAAAUAAUUUGAGUAUUUGGACUCAUUAAAAAGCUCUUGAAUCCUGUUAAAUGUAACUCACGACUUCAGAAACUCAUUUCAGUUUACAAGAUCUUGAAUAAGUUUAUCUCAGCCAUUUUUAAUGGAAAAUCAGCCAUGCUUUUUAAGUACUCUGUCACAGAGUUUUUUUCUUGUUGUGUUUUUUUUAAUUGCACAUCAUAGCUCUGGCAGAUUUGCCUUAUUUUAUUUUAUUUUUUGCAUAUAUAAAGUCUUAAAUAUACUGGAGCACAGCAAGGCUUGCAGAUACUGGGUAGGUAAGGAUUAGUGUGUAGAGUUUUCUGAAGGGCAGGUGAUGAGGUGUGGAUAUUGUUGGGCAGUUUGGAAUCUAAAAAAAUCACUUGGAAGCAAAGGGAAAAAAAAAUCAAAGCUUUUUAUAAAAUCAUCUGAGCCAUUUUAAUAUUGUCAUAAGACAGCAAUAAGAGCUGUAGCCAAAAGCAAUAUUGCUUCUUUGUUAUGCUUGUUCUGUCAUAAUGUACUGUAUGUAAAUUUGUUAGUCAUUAUCCUGGGUUGUAUGGUUUACAGCUGUAAAUGGAAAAAAAAUUACUACCUCGUAUCAACGCUGUAUGGUACGAUGCACAGGAGGCAAAUACAGAGUAGCCACACUGAGUAGAGCAGCAACACAUACAACAUGCUAUCUAACAAUUAGCCAACGUAGAGUCAUAUUUACUGGGACUUUCUCAUUAAAAAAAGAGAAUUAAGAGUUACAGAUUUAGUAUUUACAGUCAGGGUCGUAUAUUAGGGGGCAAUAAUGAGGACCAUACAGCUCAAGUGGAUAAACUAUUUGUUACAUGGCUGUAAUACCUAAACACUUAAUAUUUUAUCGUUUAUUUAUCCUAAAACUUGGGAAAAUACUGUGUCACAGCAGCCAAAACAUUAAGCACAACAUAGCUUAAAUAAAGUAGAAUAGCUCUGUGAAUAGCACAGUAAGGUAAAACUUUGAAUUAAAGCUGAAAGUCUAAAAUCAAAUCUUUACUGCUUCGUUAAAAAAAAAAAAAAUCCAUUGUGGACUUUCAGAGUAAAACUGCAAACAAACAACAAAGGGCGUCUCUGUCCAAACACAAGCCGACUGGACUGGACCUGACUGUAUUCUGUUUCAUUUCUUUGCAGAGUACAAUACUCCUUAAUACUUCUUUUCUUUUGUUACCGAAUAGAUCCAUCCUUCACUUGGCUUCUUGUAGGAAACCUCAGCCUUACACACUGCAUGGUGCCAUCUCGUCUCACCUUUGAAUCGAACUUGUUAUUAAAGAAAACUUGAAUGACCAACAUCACUGGGAAACUGCAGUUCUUGACAACAUUGUACUUCUUUUGUGUUUUUUCAUGUUAAAAAAAAUAUCAAAUGCACAAUAUUACACGCUCUAUAUAGUGUAACUCUUUAUGGUACUGUAUCCUAUAGAAGAUAAUUUUCUCCAGUUAUAAUAUAUGAAUGAAACAGCAAUGUAGAAUGUUUUUCUUACAAGGCUUGGUGAGAAUAAAAGUAAAAUCCUUCACAUAGCUGAAUGUAAUAAUAGAAAUUAAGUCUUAAAAUUCAUUGUUGGACAACGAUGGACUGGUUUUAAAUAAAGGCGGUAACCUCAGCACGUUUAUCUAAAUAAAAAAGCCUGCUUUCACUCACAUGGCACAUAAAGGGAUGCCAUAGCACAUCUGUACUCUUUUAUUCAUGUAGCCAGGUCCGAUGACUUGUGGCACGUAUAAGCAAAGCAUAUCUCUUGUCUCUCAGCUACUGUGUUGCCUGAGAUUUGCACAAAAAUAAAGCUGCUGAGUAAAA